UUAUAUUAAGCACAGGUACACUGAUCUUUAAUGUCUUUUAUUCGUCAAACUGUCAGUUUUUCCUACCUAUAUCCCUUUUGGGGGGUGCGUUUCCUAAUUCUGAUUCUACCCCUUUUAAUAUGCAUCAAAUGUAUAAUAAUGUAACUCUAUAUAUUGCAUAAGACUUCUAGGCAACUAGAUGCAUCUUUUUUUCAAUUGAUGAACGGGAAGAACAUAUAGUUAUCCUCCCAUAGACCCAUUUAGAUUAUUUGUUAGUUAUGUAAAGUAUGAAAUUGAUUAAUACUACUUUAAAGUAAAAUACACACAUUUUAUCAAAUGAUAGGAAUAUUCUGAAGAUAUGUAGAAUAUUAUAGAAAAAAAUAUUGUACCUAUUAAACUAAAACAUACCUUUGCUAUAUCACGGCAGAUUAAACUACUAUUAACGAAAUUGUUUGAAAGUUAUCUUUUAAAGAUUGAACUCAAUGGAGUAGUUGAAAGCUUUUGUAAAACGUAAACCUAAUCCUAAAUAAGAUAUAACCUACUUUGUAGUCGAAGAAUCUAGUGAGCUUCCCCAGUUUGUUAUCCAAAAUUCUAUUAAAAACACAUCAUGUGUACUGUGAAUACAGCCAAACUCAUGCUUUUUGCAUUAUUAAUCAUUGGUCAUAAAUCAUAAAUCAGGUAUAUCAUCCGAAGAUAUUCUUUUUGUUUUACUUAAUAUUUAUGUGUUUAAUUAACAAAUAUGUAAUAGUGUAUUAAACUAAGCAAUAAGAUAACCGGAAAUGCAUUAAGUCAUAAACGAGAAACGACAAAAAAAAAUGUUUUGAAGACCAAGUAGUAUAGAGCCCACCAUUUAGCUGUCGAUAUCUAAGGAUAUCCCCGGACUUGGUUAUUUAUAAAUUAAUUUAGAGAGAUGAUUGUAAUUUGUGACAUAAGUGUUGACAUUUUAUCCACUAUCUAUCAUGUUCUAUAUAAACAUCCGAAUUCAUCUCCCCAAUUCCCUCACUUCUCACAAGACUUCGAACAAACAAAACUAACUAAUCUUCUUGAUUAAGAUUAAUCUCAUUUAAGACGUUUAAGUUAAUAACAAAAAUAAAAUGGAAGCUAUGGGAGAAUGGAGCAACAACCUCGGAGGAAUGUACACCUAUGCAACCGAAGAAACCGAUUUCAUGAACCAGCUCCUUGCUUCCUACGAUCAUCCUGGCACUGGCUCAUCCUCAGGCACAGUCGGCGGAGACCAACAGGGCUUGUAUUGGAGCCUUGGUUCUAAUCACAACCAUCUUUCCCUCAUGCCUGAAGCCAGUAGCUUCGGUUUUUCUGGGGAGAGCAGCAGCUACAGCGUUGCGGACAGCAGAUACUACACGGUGGUACCACCCACGGUUGAAGAGACUAACAAUGGGUCAUUGGGCUUUGGGAUGGAAGAUGCGACCGUCAACACCAACUCCUAUCUUGUUGGUGAGGAGACAAGUGAGUGUGACGUUGAGAAAUACUCAUCUGGAAAGACUCUUUUACCAUUGGAAACUGUCGUGGAGAAUCACGAUGACGGGGAGAGUAUGUUGCAAUCCGAGACUACUACUGACUAUCAUAGAUCUCUCGCCGGGUCUAAGAAGAGAUCGCGGGCGACAUCUACUGAUAAAAACAAGAGAUCAAAAGUGGGUAAGAGGGGCCAAAAAGGCAUAGAGAUGACUUGUGAUAACAACAAUAGAGGAGAAGAGGAAGAAGGAGAGAAGGUGAAAAGAAGAAAGAGUGGGGCUAUGAUGAGUAGACAGAACUCGAGCACCACAUUCUGUUCCGAGGAAGAAUCACAGUGCCCUUCUCAGGACGUUGGAGGAGAAGAGGACGAAGAUGCCUCCAAGGCCCUCAACCUCAACGGCAAGACCAGAGCCAGCCGUGGUGCUGCCACCGACCCUCAAAGCCUCUACGCAAGGAAAAGGAGAGAAAGGAUUAACGAGAGACUAAGGAUUUUGCAAAACCUCGUCCCUAAUGGAACAAAGGUAAAAAUAAAUCAUGCAAACGAUUAACACAUGCAGAUGAUAAAUAGGAAUCUUUGCAUGCAUUUGUUUUAAACAAACGUUUAUAAAUCUCUAAGCGGCUAUAAUUUCUUAAAUGUGUAACAGGUUGACAUCAGUACAAUGCUUGAGGAAGCCGUUCAUUACGUCAAAUUUUUGCAGCUUCAAAUUAAGGUACGGAGGGGUUUUGAUUUUAACGUUUUACGUGUAGAUUCAUGUGUUACAUGAAAAUGAUCUAAUUUUUAAAAAUAUUUUGUAAUUACGCAGUUAUUAAGCUCUGAUGAUCAAUGGAUGUAUGCGCCGAUUGCUUUCAACGGAAUGGACAUUGGCCUUAACCUACCGAGAUAAUACACGGAUCUUUUGAUUUUAGUCGGAGUUUUUUAAUAUAUAAGCAAAAAUGUAAUAUUGCUCAUUUUUAAUAUUCUCCGGCUUUGAACGAGUGCGAUUAUAUUUCUCGUACGAUGUUCAAUGUGAGAGAAAUGGAGAGUCACAUUCGAUUUUUGUAUAUUACAUUCUAAUUUUAUAUUCCAUUUUUCAAUAAACAUUUGAGCCAUUCUUUUAAAAUUUUAGAUGUUGAUGUUUCUUGGUAGCUGACUCUAUACCAUAAUCAAUUCAAUCUGGUUGUCCUCAUUAUAAUUUUACCGCAUAUGAUUCAAUAAUGUGCGACCACCAUUUAUUCAACGGUGUUGUCUCAUUGAUAAUAACUGUAUAAUAAUUAUAAAAAUACUAACAAAUAGAGCGAUAAACUAAUUUUUUGUUUUAGAAAAAGAAGAAAGAGCAAUUGGAGUGAUAAUAAAAGGAAACCGAAGUUAGGUAAUCUUUGACUUUUUUGGGAAUCUGUAAUAUUUAACUAUGUACUAUUGUUUUUAUGUGUCUUUAUGUGUAAUCAACUCCUAUUGUUAACUCUACAAAAUUAUUUUUCGUCAACAAGAAAGUAACUAAAUAUUUUGUAUAUUUGAAAACAAAUGCAACUAGAAAUAUACAUUUCUCAUACUUCAUGCUCGAAAUGUGUAAGAUUUAAUAUUGAGGUCGUUUUCUUUUUAUCUAUUUUUAUCAUCUGACGUUAAAUUCACCCGAGAAAAAUAUAUAACGGAAGAUGCUUAAGCCAUGAAAAACCUAUCAUUUGAUAAAUUGAAAAAAAAAACUAUCAUUUGAAUUCUGAGAAAUAUUUAUUUUUGAUCUUUUGGCACCAUUUUGUUAGUUCUAGUAGAUUGAGAUGCAAAAUAUUUGUAUCGGAUUGUAUAUUUAGUAAUGAAAUUCACGUACUUAUUUUUAAGAAAAUGAAUUAAACCCCACUUUAUAAAAUUAGUUGUAUUGUGAAAGCCAAAUACUCAUAAGAUCGUUGCAACAAGGACAUGACGAAUUAGCAGCUAUGGACAUGACUAAGCAGUCGAAUGUUAUAGUAUAUAAAUAUUUACAGCCAAAUAUAUGGUACGGUGUUGUGUAGCAUAUUCAUGAAGAACUUCGGCCGCAACAUGUUUCAUUCUCACACGUAUUCAUGAAGAAGACCAAUUCAUAGUUCAUGUAUCGUUUAAUAUAUACUUCUUACGAUGGAAUAUUUCAAUACUGGUUCUACGCAUUUCUACAUUCUGAUUUUUUAAUUAAAUAUAGAUUUCCCAUGCAAUAGAUGUGUUUAGACCCUCGUAUCAUACAUAUAAAAUUAACAACUAUUUCUUAAACCUUUUUUAAGAAAAUCAGAUAUUCCCUAAGAACAGCAUAUCCCUUCCACUCUAUAAUAUUAUCAGCAAUCAAUCUUAUUCAGGCAAUCAAUAUCUGAUACUUGAUUUUAAAAUAUGCUUAAUUUGAUGACAAAAAAACUUAUAUAUACUUAAUUCAUAUUCUUUAGAAAGAUUACAACUGUUUUAUUUUUGCCAACUAUUAGAACUAUUUCUUACAGCUUUGAAAAAUACUUACGAAUUCUUAAUUAAUUUAUAUCAGCAAACUUCUGUCAGCUUCGUAUCAGUUACUUAUAUAUUUUGUAACUUAUUAACAGGAUCACAGACAUAUAUAUAUUUCAAAUAUAUAUUGUGGUAGAAUUAGAUAUGUUAA